AUGUUCUCCAAUUACCCAGUUCUUAGCGUCGUAGGAGUAGUGCUGCUCCUUCAAUGCUCCUUUGCAUUACCCAGCCCACCAGUCGGACAAACAGUCUCUGGAGGUGUCGUCCUUCGAGAGAUCGUACAAAUUCCCAAUGUGGCCAAUGCCGAAAACCUCGCUGUACGACACAAUGGCGAGAUACUCGUAACAUCGACAAAGACGACUUCGCUAUUCCAAGUAUCACCACACAAAGCAAAAGCACCCAUUCAAGUUGCCCAAAUUCCUAACGCCAUUGGUCUUGGUGGUAUCGCCGAAUUGGAACACGAUGUCUUCUAUGUCGUUGCGUCAUCCAAUAUUACUGGAAAUGCCACUGCUCCGGGGGCGAAUUCCGUUUGGAAAGUUGAUAUGCGCCAACCUCGCACCUUAGCAAGGGGAGCUGUCGCUCAACCCGCCCAUGUUUCGCUGGUUGCCACGAUUCUUGAUGCACAAAUGCUCAAUGGCAUGUGUCGGAUGGGUCUCAAUGACACUUCGAAUCUUCUCAUCGCGGACUCUGCUGCUGGAACAGUCAUAAAGCUUGAUGUCAAUACAGCAGCAUAUGAGAUCGUUAUUCGAGAUCCAACGAUGGCCAAUCUGCCUACUGGGUUUGUACCUCCUGGGUUUCCGCCGAUUUCUGUGGACGGGAUCCAUGUUCAUGGAUCAGAUUUGUACUAUACCAGCCUUAACCAGGGACUCUUUGCGAAGAUUCCAAUCUCACUCACGACGGGAGUUGCAACUGGACCUGCGGAAGUCCUUGUCGACAAAAUAUUUGGCGACGAUUUUGUCUUGUCGAAGGAUGGGAAGCGAGUAUGGAUCGCAUUGAAUGGACAGAAUACACUAGCUGAGGUAGAUAUUCCAGGGAAAACCGCUAGAAUCAUAGCCAAUUCGACUUUUCUGUCUCAGGAUACGGCAGUGGCAUUUGGGAGGACAGAUCGUGAUCGAAAUAGUUUGUAUAUUUCGGGUGCGGGGAUUUUCGGUAGUAAUAGCACUGUAUCAGCCAGUAUUGUCAGAGCGGAUCUUCCUCAUGGAGACACAGGCCGAUAA